AUGUAUUUUAUUUAUACGGAAUUAGCAGAAGUUGGUAUGCUUUCUCUGUACCCAUCCUCUGCUUUUCAUCUCCAUCUUUCAAUGGGAUUCUAUCUUCUUUCAGAUCAUCCUCUGCUUUGGUAUCGCAGUCGACUGCAAUUCCUUGCUUUAUCUUUUGAGAUAUGCAAAGAACUAAAAUCUCAGGCUGUUGUUAAUUUUUGGAAGAAUAUUGGCAACCUCCAAAAUAAAGCCAGGCUCGACGAAGAACUAAAUAGUAAUUUAACUUAUGAGCCCGUUGAUAGCGAUAAGACUGUUUCUAGUUCAAUUCACAUGAGGAUCUCGAGGAGUAUUAAUGUAAAUCUUACCGAGGAGCCAUUCCAUUUUACGGAAGUGGAUGAAUAUACUCGUAGAGUCUUCGAUACUUGUAAUUGUUGUUGGUAUGAUGAUAUUAUAAGAUGGACAAGCUUACCCUUAACUAAUAUCAUUGAAAUCAUAACAUUUUUUGUCAUGAAACACGGUCAGAAUAUUUUUCUCAACGACCAGCUAACGAGUCAACAUUCCGUGCAAGCAGAGGGUAAAAGACGUAGAAUUGGAUCAAAGGUUGGUAGUAUUGCGUCCUUCGUUAGCAAAGACGACAAUGAACUUCUUAUUUUUGAAUUAUCUGGAGCACCGACCCGGCUUCCAGUUAGACACACAGGAGAUGACAAAAUUAAACUCGAUGAAUACAUGGUGGACGCGCUCAAUAAUCUCCUCGAUUACUUUAAGGAAUGCGAAUUUGAGCUGACCAAAAAGCUCAAGGUAUUUGGAUUUCAGACAGAAG